GACAACAUUGCGCGACUUUAAACUCGAAUGGCGGGACUCGGGAGUUGCCCCUCUCAGUUUAGCUCGGCGCACCUGUCAACCUCCCGGUUCUCCACUCCCGGGGGAACACCCCGGACUCGGGAAUCUCGGUGCAGCAUCACUCCGCUCCAAGAUGCAAACUUUACUGACGCGCUUGGGACAAUGUGAACAGUCUUCGAUUCCGUACAGCUACAAAACAUCUCAUAUCUCCACUGGAGCUGCUCCAAUGUGACCUUUGUGAUCCUCAUUGUCUCUCCAGCUUAGGGCAUUCCCUUGAGGUUCCUCGGAAGAUCAGCAUCCAAGCCCCCGGGUCGACAUCAUCACAUAAGUCAUCAAGCUCUCAAACUUCUGCUCUCCUCCUCUGAACCAUCCACCAUGCGUACCCUCACCGCACUCCUCGCCCUCGCAACCUCGACAAUGGCAGAGACACUCCUCUACAGCAACCCGCUAAACUCAACCGCCGACGUCGCAACCUGGGUAGCAGAGGGCCCCCUCACCGUAGCAGCCGUCAACGACACCCUCGAGCUCUCGGGCGGCGGUAACCCAGACGACUACUUCGUCUACUGGGUCCCCGAGGUCUUUCCCGACGGCAUCCGCAUCACCUGGGAAUUCUCCCCGCGCAACGAACCCGGCCUGGCCAUGUUCUUCUUCGGCGCCGCCACCGUCGCCGACGACGGCAAGGGAUCCAUCUUCGACCCGUCCCUCAAGCCCAGGAACGGGAGCUACCCGCAGUACCACUCCUCCGACAUACGCACGCUGCACGCGUCCUACUUCCGCAGACGCUGGCCCGAGGAGAGAGCGUUCCAUCUGGCGAACCUGCGCAAGUCACCUGGUUUCCACCUUGUCUCUCAAGGCGCGGACCCCUUGCCCCCCGUCCCUGAUGCCGCUGGUGCGUUUUACAAGAUUGAGGUUAUCAAGGACAAGCGCGAGGUCAAGUUCCGCAUCAACGACUUGCCCAUCUUUGAGUUUUACGACGACAAGUCCACGGGACCUAUUAUUCGGGAUGGAAGAAUUGGGUUCAGGCAGAUGCAACCUCUUGUUGCGAGAUAUCGUAACCUUCAGGUGUGGAAGCUUUGA